AUGGAACGCAUCGGCGAAGACACCGAGACGACAAGCGGCAUCGUCUCGAAGUUCAGGCUGAAAGGCGAUGCGCGCUCUCUUUCGGAUCCUGCAUCGAAUGAUUACGGGGAGCCCACAUAUUCUGAACCCUGCGGGUACAAUCAUCGUUUCAUAAUCCAAUGGAGGCGUUCGGGGUUCACUAGGCAGCCUUGGAUCCAUAUUGACCCCUCCCGUGUUAACCCCAAGUUGGGGCAGCUAACGGUCACGGUGUUAGCUGAGAGCACAGGGGGAACGCCGCCGCAUUUCCUGCGCGCUAUGGGUGGGUCUCCCAACGGCGAGGGCUUUGCUGUAUCACAGUCGGGCGUCUCGAGGACAACCAUACUCAGACCGCCCUACUCGGUCACCCACCUCGCUACAAUGAAGAUCAUUGGUACCAACUUGGCCCAACUUACAAUAUCAUUCAAUGUACGCGCAGAGAACCCCUCUGAGCACCGUAUGGACGUUUCUACGGCCCCAGCGGACGCCCGUGUAGCAAGCAGCUUGCGUUCUGCGCUGCGAUCGUCACUUGACGAGGGUGAUUUCAUAGAUACCAAAAUCUAUGGGUUCUCUCGUCGCAUGGUCGACGGGCAGGUGUCCGGGCCGUUGCCUAUUUAUGCUAACAGCACCAUCUUGAAGGCUAAAUCGACCUAUUUCGAGACAAUGUUUUCAAGGGCCUACUUCACCGAGUCAUCCGUGAAUGAGCUCGGAGGCGGCGCCCUGCAACCGGGAGAAUCGUCGUGCUCGGCGGAGGAGUACGGUUACGACUCCGACAGCGACCUCGAUGCAGGUGAAGACGACCCUGACGGUGACAGUGCGGCACCCAUUCGAAGGCGCGGUCCAGGCAGAACUGCGCACGUGAAGGACAUCGCCCACAAGACAUUAAGAACGUUCGUCUGGUACUGCUAUACCGGGGAGGUUGUAUUCUCCCCCCUCACCUCCGAGGGAAAGGAACAGAAGAAAUCAGAAAGGCUGGAAGCGCAAUCCGCGAUCGCCGCCAUGAAACCGCCUUCAUGUUCGCCUAAAUCAAUGUAUCGAUUGGCCGAUAAAUACGGCAUAGCGGACCUAGAGGACCGUGCCUUCGAUGAGCUUCGCAAUAGGCUGACCGUCCACAACAUCCUGGACGAGUUAUUCUCGACGUUCACCUCUCGGUACGAGCGCAUCCGCCACAUGGAAAUCGACUUCAUCUGCAGCAAACUGGAUUGCCCAGAGAUAUCGGACGGUCUGCCCCGGGUCGUUGCUGCCUUCGGCGCGGACAGCACGAGGCUACCCAACUUCGAGGUGCUGUCGUCACUAAUCCAGAAGCUACUUGAGCGGCGGAACAGUUCAAGCAACCGUGGGCGCGUCGGCGCGAGCAGAUUCGCUACGGAAGACGUCUACAUACCAGAACACAACAGUGGUAGUCCAUUUGACGCUUAUUUUUGACACCGGCUUUCGCCACUUUCUUGGUUGCAUGUAAGUACGUGCGGAACAGAGCACACACGCUUUAAUACAUUAACUUGACAUGACGG